GUGUGUAUGUAAACUUUGUGACUCCUUCUCAUCGUUGAUGUACACCCGACGCAGCAAUUGCAUCCGGACGCGUACCACGUAUAAAACCCCGGGCAUCAUCCUCACCUAUCGUUUCCGACUUCUCUCCCCCCACCCUUCCAAUGCCCGAUGUCACUUCCAUUCCCACAGAGCUCUGGCGCAACAUCAUCACCAUAGCGUGCACGGACGGUGGCUUCACAGGCACGUCGCUCGCGUUCACCUCCAAGUUCUUUCACGCGCAAUCUCAUGAUCUUCGCUUCCACUCCCUGGCCCUCAAUUCUCUCCGCCAGCUCGAAGGUUUCUGUGCGUUCGUGCAGCUCCAGGCGCAGCACGGCAAGCCCAGGAUCGAGCACCUGUACCUCUCUUUCUUCAACAUUCCUCAAAUGCUCCGCUCUGACCCCAGACACGCGGCCCUCGGACACAGUCGGCCCAUGGAGUUCGACAACUGGACGACGGAGGUGCAGGCGCGCUGGAAUGAGCGACUCGCCGCCGCCUGGACGACUCUGAUCACACAUGCCGCCCCCACGCUACGGACGCUGUGCAUCGUCGAGGAGGACGUGCCGCUCGCGCUCGGGUUCUCGUGCGACCUUCCGAGGCUGGAGGAGCUCAGCUGGAGAGGGUACAUCCGCGCUUUCCGGGCUCCCGGCCUACAAGAACAAGGAGCGAGCUUGCGCAGAUUCCCGUCACUCAAGCGCGUUCACUUCGUCUCUGGCAACAGCGACAGCGUGGUGGACGCACUCGCAGCGGCCGUCCCGUCGUCGCUCACGCACCUGCGUAUCUCGAACGUCUCCGACUGGGACGCGAAGCUGCCCGCCGCCCUGGCGCGCGCGCUCGGCCUACCGCCACCUCCGAGUCAGUUCUGGGAUGCGCCUGAUGACGAGGAUGUGCAACCCGAGGAGGCGACCCUACCGCACCUUCGCGUCGUCGUUAUCCACGCGAUGCCUCCAGAUACCAGCGACGAGGAUGCAGCCCCUUUCUACUACGACCCAUGGCAAUCGGUAUGUGAAGAGCUCGACUGGCUUGUAAGAAAGGGCCAAGAACGCAUGGACCGCGUGCAAGUACUUAUGGUGGCAGGGAAACGGCGUUGGGGCUCGCGCUGGGCGGCGGAACGCAUGAGAGUCAACUGGCUUAGUAGGAUGACGGGAGGACAGGGUUGCUGGACUGGGUCAGAAGAGGAAGAGGUAGAUUUCGAGACCGCCUACGAAGACGACCCACACGAAGAGUAUCCUUCAGACGUCGACGAGGACUUCCUGUAAUUAUUCUUUGGAUACGUUUCGCUCAGCAUAUGGACUCAUG